AAAGGAGAACGUUUUCAGCCCAACGACAUUGAAACGACGCAUAUAUAUUGGCCAUACUGCUCUCUCGUCGUCUAGUUCCCCCAAUCAAGAUCGAGGAAGCUCCCCGAACCGAACUCCGGUGCUCAAACACUCUUGGAUCUCCUUCUUUUUCGAUUCAGAUUUCAAAGAACAGUGAAAAUGAAUGACGCCGAUGUGUCUAAGCAGAUCCAGCAGAUGGUCAGGUUCAUCCUCCAGGAAGCCGAGGAGAAGGCCAACGAGAUCUCUGUUUCCGCCGAAGAAGAAUUCAAUAUCGAGAAGUUGCAACUUGUUGAGGCAGAGAAGAAGAAGAUCAGGCAAGAGUAUGAGCGGAAAGAGAAGCAGGUCGAAGUUCGAAAGAAGAUUGAGUACUCGAUGCAGCUUAAUGCUUCUCGGAUAAAAGUUCUUCAGGCUCAAGAUGACGUCGUUAAUUCCAUGAAAGAGGCGGCAUCCAAGGAGCUUCUGAAUGUGAGCCGUGAUCACCAUGUAUAUAAAGGGCUUCUGAAGGAUCUGAUUGUUCAGAGUUUGCUCAGGCUGAAAGAGCCUGCUGUUUUGCUGCGUUGCCGUGAAGAUGAUCUUUACUUGGUGCAGUCUGUGCUGGAUUCAGCCGCACAGGAAUAUUCUGAGAAAGCAAAUGUUCAUCCACCUCAGAUCAUAGUCGACAAUAUUGUCUAUCUUCCACCUGCUCCUAGCCAUCAUAAUGCCCAUGGUCCUUCCUGCUCUGGAGGAGUGGUGUUGGCUUCUCGAGAUGGGAAGAUUGUCUGUGAAAACACCCUUGAUGCACGGUUGGAUGUUGUGUUCCGUAAAAAGCUUCCAGAGAUCCGCAAGCGGCUAUCUUGUUUGGUUGCUGCAUAAUGGGUUGGAUUGUGUUGUUUUUCGGCUCUAGAUUUAUUCAGGUUCUAAGUUUGGUCGAGCUAUUGUCAAUUGCUUUCUUUGUGUAUUUUCAUUUUCUUGUUUGCCGAAUAAUUUUAUCCCCCAAAAUUAGUGUGUUCAGUGUGGUGCUCAUAUUGAUUGGGGCAUGGAACAGCAGUGCUCUAUUCUUAGUGAUAACUUUUAAUAAAUGUUCCCCUUAUUUGUUCA